AUAAUAAUAAUAAUAAUAAUAAUAAUAAUAAUAAUAAUAAUAAUAAUAAUAAUAAUAAUAAUAGUAAUAAUAAUUAAAAAAAUGACAAGAUUAUCAAUAUUUCGUGCAGUUAUGGCCCAGCUACUUGAAAUUUAAUAUUUUAGGCAGUAAGAAAUAAUUAAAACAACCCCCCUCCCCCUCCCCCAACUCAAGAAACUACUAAUAGGAAAGAACCAAUACUAAUUUAUUACAUACAAUCAGUCAAAAAAUAUUUAGCUUUAUUAGAUUAAUAACUUUCAAAAUGUUGGAUGAAAUUUGAAAUACUUCCUGGCUGUUAUGCGAUAAUAGCUAUAAAUGCUUGAUAUAUUUUAUUCAUUCAUUCAAUGCUAUGAUUUCCAUCAAGUUCAAAGUCAGACUGCUUUUCUUCUGCAAUCACAGGUGAUAUAAAUAUUCUGUAAUGUUUCUUCUUAGCAACUUUUCUCAAUCUUCAUUACGUAAUCAUAUAUCCCAAACUUAGGAACCAUUUACUUCUGCAAUUUGGUACAAUAUGAAUCAUCAGGCAUGUUGAAUUGGAAAGACCUCCAAAAUUGCAGUGCACUUAAGUUGGUCAAGCAUAUUAAACAGACCGGCUACUGCAAAGAAAUAACAAUAGAAGGGUAAAUUAUUCCCAUGCACCCAUAUCGUAACAUCAUUUUUCUGCUUUUGUAAAUUUCAAUGACUUUGGCAAAUUCUUUUGAAUUAACUAAAAACUUUGGUGGCUGCCUUGUUAAUUGAUUUUAUGGCAUAAAACGAAAGAAUUGAGAACAAAAAAAAAAGAGAAAAGCAGUAUAUAUGUUAGUUGGUUAAAACCAUAGUACUUUAGCCAAGCACAUCGAAGGAGAGUCAAGUCUCAGCAAACAUUCCUGAGUGGAGAUUAAAUUAAUAACCCAGGCACAGGACACGCCAACUUUCUAAAUCCUAAUGCGUGACAAUUUUUAUUGUAACUAUCUCCCGGAAAACUGGAACAAAAGAAUCUGGGACAAAAGAAUCUUAUUAAGCGGAUUUAAUAAGAUUAUGCGUUGCCUUUGGAGCAAUUGUUUUAGAUACACAUAAUUUUAGCCUUGGUAAAUCCUACUUAAAGCAAGCGUUGAACUAAUCCAAGUCUAAACCCAUCCCUAGAUGAUGAACAAAAGGUGCAGGCAUUAUGUAUUUUAUCUUUAGUUGUAUUUAAAUUGAGAAACUUGUUCAGAAACUUUCACUAGAAAAAUGACUCCAGAUUUAAAAAAAAAAUUACUGUUUGACCGUUUCCUUGGUUUUUUAAAAAAUAAAAUCGCGUAGCUAACUGGUAGCUGUAGUUUAAUUUAUUUCUUCUUCAUAUUAAGAUUAAAAAAGAAAGAUUUAUUUGCAGCAACAGUCUUUUUUUUGACAAGGUUGGAAGUAUUUUAUACUUCUUGUAGGCUAAAACUGCUGGAAAAUACUUUCUUUUUUUUGAACAUUAAUAUUUUUAUUAAACUAACCUUACACAACUGAGGCUUUUACAUCCAAUAAAUAAUAAGUGAUGACUGGUCUUUUUAAAACAAAAAGAUGAUAGCUAGCUUAUAGUAGCUAACGUUGUUCCCUCACAGUUGAUCUGAUUUCUUUCGUGAUUAUCCAGUUCGUAGCGUAGCAACUUAAGUUAUAAGCAGUAUCAAUUUCAAUAAUGAGACACACUAAAUAAUUUACGAUGCCUGAUGUUUGGCAUGCUGAUAGCAAGAAUUAAGAAAUAACAGGUGCAAAUAUUUGAAAAGGACAGUGGAAAAACGAAAACGAAAGAGAAACAAAUGAAAUGUCCUACUUGCUUCGAAGCCUUUAUUUUACGGAGACCGGAAAUUUAGACAUUUGAGCCGCCAGAUGUGAAAGUACUUCGGCUGCCGUGACAACGUUUUGUUUAUAGAAAAUGGCGGAAGAUGACAACGUGGGUAAAGAAUUUCAAUGUUUAUUAAACAGGUCACAGGAGUUGUUUGAUGGACUUAGGGAUAUGCCAAGAUUUGGUAUCAAACAUUGGCAGAUAUAUUUCUUGAAAACAUUUGAAGUAUUUACAAAAUUAUGGAAAUUUCAACAAGACAACAGAGCAACUCUUGAAAAAACUGUAAGCUUACAGAGACAUCAAAUUGGUGAUAUAGCAUCAAAGAUUGGACAGUUAUAUUAUCAUUAUUAUUUGCACACAAGUGAUCCCAAGUAUCUUCUGGAGGCAAAGGAAUUUUAUUCUGCUAUCCACAAAAGAUCGUAUUUCAAACAACACACACGAAACAUUGAUUUGGUAGUGAAGUAUUUGCGAUAUCUUGCUCGAUAUUAUGUUGUUGCAUUAUUAUUGAAGGAUUAUGACUUGUUGGGUGAAAUUACAAAGCGAUUGGAAGCCCAAGUAAACAGUUUAUCAAGUGAGGACUCUAGCACCAAAACUGAUUGGAGUAUCGUAUCAAAAGAGGCUAAAUUGUUUUCACAGGUAGAUUACAUUGUCUUAGUGUCUGACAAAGAUGGUGGCAGUGUUGAUAUAAAUCAAAGGCUUGAGCAAGAAAAGUGCAUAAAGUCAAGUCAGCGUUCCAUGAAGUUGAAAAAUGCUAUUAUUAUUGGUGCAUGCGAAAAACAGGUAAAGUUUAGUGAACUCACUGUUGAUAUGUAUCGAGCAUUACAGUUAAUCGAAUAUCAACCAAAUUUUAAAAUUGCAUCAAAGUCUCAUGAAAGAGAAGAGAUUAGCCAAUGUCAAAAUCCCUCCAAGCAUCUGUUAUACAAACCUUCAUUCAGCCAAAUAUACGCAUUUUUAUCUGCUGUUUUCAAAGACCUUGCUGCUGAAUCCAUAUUACUCAUUUAUAUAUCAGGUGACAGUGAUAAUAUUGAACAUGUUGGUGAUGAUAAAUUAAUGUAUUCAAGUGGUAUUGUAACAACUCCAUCCAGUGACAUGGGAUCAAUGUUGAAAAAAUUACCCAAAAAUAUGUCUAAUCCCUGUUGUUUUUAUCCUGAAGAUAUUAUUCCGUUCACACGCAAGCCAUUAUUUUUGAUAGUUGAUGCUGUCAAUAGUGUGGCAUACCAAUCUAUUCCUAAUGUGUUUAACCAACCUCUGCUUUGUUUGAUGUCUCCAUGUAAACUGCCUGACACCUUGCAAAGUAAAAAACAUGGUAGUUUGUUUACGUUGUUUCUGCUGGAUUCGCUACUCGCUAUUUGUAAACUUUGCAAUAUCACAAAACUUACUGAAGAAGUAUGGAUAAAAGCAAAGAAGUUGGUGGAGAGAAUUGCUUUGCAAAGUGUUGAAAUUUUGCUACAAGAAACGAAUGACCAAGUUGAUGCGUUUGACAAGUAUAUGGGAGAUGACUUUUUAAGAAAUAUAAUUUCAAAUUAUUUACUGUGUUGGAUGGUGUUGAGAUUAUAUAAAAAAUCUGAGGGUCCUUCAUGUCUGCCAUCAUGUACACCUACAAUACCAUGGAAUGUAUUGGAGCAUAAAGUGCUGUAUCGACAAAUACUUGAUGUUUUCGCACAACUUGGUGUACGUCAUUUGUUUUAUGAAGUGCCAGAAUUGCCACCAAUGCGUUUGACUUGAUUUUUUUUACCAU